GGAACGCACAAGAAAAGGAGAAUGAUACCAGGAAACAUGCAGGAAAACAGCUGACAGGGAUGCAGCGGAAUGUAUCCAUCACACGGGUAGCUAUAGUUACCGGCUGAGCCGAAAUAGAAUCAUAAUUUCAAAUCAGACAGGUACAUUCCGCGGCUCCCUCUAAUCAGAGUGAAGGUAAUACAUUCGGUGCAAACAGGAAACAGACGUAACAAAAUAAAAGCACCAAACAGGAAGUAAUGACAGAAAAGGAGAUAAUCCAACCAAACAUCCAAACAGGUCCCUGCCUGCGAAUACAGUAUGUUUAUUAUUGUGGUUUUACAAGUGUACCGUAUCAUACCCAGAGCUGUUACUAACAUUUCACAUCACGAUGGUCGCUGGUGAGCUGGUGUGUGAACAUUACCUGACGGGUGUGUCAGGGAGGCCCGCAGACGUCCAUGGGCGGAUUAAGCAGAGCUUGCCUGAGGCUGUCGCGUCGUCGCGCUUCACCUGGCGAAGAGCUCAGUGUGCAUCCUCCACAUGUUGCCUUGCUCGCUUCAUGGAACCUUUCAUGACUUCACCAUCAACCAUUCCUCACACGGUGAGUAUGACACUGUGUAUGUAAGACACGGUCAUUCUGAACGCACAGUAUACAGUAUGUAAGACUGACUGUCAGACGGUGCGUGUAAGAGUGUAUUUCUGACAAGACAGUAUACCUAAGACACUGUGUAUUAGACGCCCUGUAUGUGUGAGAAAGCGUAUUUCUUUUUGACAAUAGAACGGCGUGAGAGGAGUACGUCACCACUGCUGUGACGUUCACACCCACUCAAACCUGGGUGACUCCCCAAUCCAAUGGCCGCUGAUUCAGUCCAUUACAAUGCUUUGAAACGGAAUAAGUGCGUAAUUAUUUUGACGUAUUGUUUUGGAAUCACCCUGUAUAAGACAGUGUACAGUAUGUCAGACAGUAUAUGUAAGACAUGGUAUGUGCCAUUUUUGCUGGUGUAUACAUAACAAUGUAUGUAAGACGGUGUUUUCUUCAACUGCUAUGGUAUUUUUGUCAGCGUACCUAAGAAACAAAACUCAUGAAAGAGGUCCAAACAGGUGUUGCUAGGAAACACCGAAAGAAGUGGAGCCUUUGGUGACUUUCUUGUAUUUUGUACCCCAUUGGAGACAUCAGUUGAAAGUUCAAAGGUCAAGAGGAGAGCUGGCCACUGUUUAACUGCAAGAUAAGACGGCCAAAAGACACCUGCCGUGUGAGCAAUGACUGCAGGAGCCAAGACGCCACGACGCUUCCCAGCAUGCGACUGAAAGGGACGAGGAGAUCUUAGGUAACGACCAUGAAGCUUUGCCAUCUCACACAGCCGGCAUGCAUCCGUAACCUUUAACCUCCAGAGGAAGCAUGUGGAGGAACCUGACAAGCGCGGCGUGGAACUAUCGCCGCCUGGCGCCGAUCUUCCUCACGCCGCCGCUGCUGCUUCCUCUUCCUCUCGUGGUCGGCACCAAGGAGGCUGAAUGCGGCUUUGUGCUUCUGCUGAUGGCGCUGUUCUGGACCACGGAGUGCAUCCCCCUGGCCAUCACCGCCAUGUUUCCCGCCAUCUUCUUUCCCUUCUUUGGCAUCAUGAAGUCCUCCGCCGUGGCAAUGGCGUACUUCAAGGACUUCCACUUCCUGCUGGUUGGCGUCAUCUGCCUGGCCACCUCCAUCGAAAAGUGGGGUCUUCACAGGAGGAUCGCCUUGAGGCUGGUCACCCUGGUGGGGGUCAACCCAGCGUGGUUGAUGCUGGGCUUCAUGUGUGGCUGCGGCUUCCUCUCCAUGUGGGUGCAUAACACUUCCGCUGUCACCAUGGUGAUGCCCAUUGUGGAGGCCGUCCUGCAGCAGAUCCUGAGGGUCGACGAGGGGAUGAGCAGAGACAACAACUGCGGUCUGCAACUCGACGAGGUCCACAUUGAGAAUGUGAAAGGACGUGUGAGGGAAGGUCUAGAAGAAACAUCCUCAUCAGCGACGUCAUCGCCAGACGCCACUCAGGUGUCAGCGCCCCCUAGCAGGAGUGUACGUGACAACAGGAUUUGCAAGGCCAUGUGCAUAAGCGUGGCCUACUCGUCCAACAUCGGCGGCAUCGCCACUUUGCCGGGAACGUCACCCAACCUCAUCUUCUCGGAGUAUCUUCAUCAAAUUUACCCAGAAUGCAAGUGCAUCCACUUUGGGAACUGGCUGCUGCUGUGCCUGCCCAUCAGUGCGCUCAUGAUGCUGCUCACUUGGGCGUGGCUCUGCUGGCUCUUCAUUGGCCCAGACGUGCGGUCGCUAUGGCGACGCAGAGGCGAACACUCAGACAGGGAAAAGGCGACAAGUCAAGUCAUCAAAGACGAAUACAGAGCACUCGGACCUAUGAGCUGCCAGGAGGUGUUCACUCUGGUGGUUUUCUUGCUGAUGGUCUUGCUGUGGUUGACCAGAUCCCCAGGCUUCAUUCCAGGAUGGUCUUCUUUCUUCCCUCAUCAUUCCGGCUUCAUCUCUGACGCCACCGUGGCUCUUCUCCUUGGACUCCUCUUCUUCCUGGUGCCAGCCUAUGGGCCCUCACACAAAUAUGAGACCAUGAUCUCCUGGGAGGACUUCCAGGCCACCAUGCCUUGGAAAGUGGCUCUGCUGGUGGGAGGAGGCUUUGCUCUGGCUGAAGGUACGAAGGAGUCAGGCUUGUCUCGGUGGGUCGCUGAGCUGCUCACGCCGCUGGGCCACCUCCCCGUGUUGGCGACCAUCGCCGUGGCUUGCAUCAUCGUCACCACAGUAACGGAGCUGGCCAGCAACGCCACCACUAUCACCAUCUUCCUCCCCAUCCUCUCACCUCUGGCUGAAGCCAUCCACGUCAACCCGCUGUACGUCCUCAUCCCGGCCACGUUGUGCACGUCUUUCUCCUUCCUGCUGCCGGUGUCCAAUCCACCAAACGCCGUCGUCUUUGCCUACGGACACCUCAACGUGAUGGACAUGGUGAAGGCGGGGUUAGGCACCAACGUGAUCGGCCUCCUCGCAGUCCUAUUGGCUGUGACGACGUGGGGCGUUCCGUUGUUCUCUCUGGACGUGUACCCCGAUUGGGCGCCGCCUUUCAAUGCCACAACACCGUGAUGGCUGCUUACAGACACAUUUUGUUGUACAGUCGAUUGAAUUUAAAUUGUUGCAACUGCAUUGCUGGGAUUAGAGUUUCUAUGAGAAGACUUUUCAAAAUACACUCGACAAACAC